AUGGGUUUCUGUCCACAACAUAAUUGUCUCUUCGACCACCUCACUGUCGUAGAACAUUUUUGGUUUUUCUACACGUUGAAAGAGGGUGGUGGUGACUGGGAGCAAGAUUCUAAUAAGCUUUGCCUCUCUCUUGGCAUGGAGAAUUUCAAGACAAAGGUUACGGUGCUACUUGGCCAUAACGGAGCUGGUAAAACUACUACGUAUUCCAUGAUUUGUGGCUCGACAACUAUUACGUCGGGCUCUAUAACAAUACUCGGCCAAAAUCUACAAGAGAAUUUGUCUGUAUGUCGCUCAAACAUGGGUUUCUGUCCACAACAUAAUUGUCUCUUCGACCACCUCACUGUCGUAGAACAUUUUUGGUUUUUCUACACGUUGAAAGAGGGUGGUGGUGACUGGGAGCAAGAUUCUAACAAGCUUUGCCUCUCUCUUGGCAUGGAGAAUUUCAAGACAAAGCUGGCUUCGAAACUUUCUGGAGGGGAAAAACGAAAGCUCUGCUUAGCUAUGGCUUUCACAGGAGGUUCCAAGAUUCUAAUGUUAGAUGAGCCAACAGCAGGGAUGGAUCCACAGGCUAGAAAAACGGUCACCGAAUUUAUCACAAAGAAAAAGGAGAAC